AUGACCAAGACAGACAGGAAGACCUUAACGGACAGCCUGGCCCAGCGGAAGCUCUUCGUCUGCAGCCCGACCACCGGAGAGUUCCUGGGGCGCACCGCCAAGAGCUGGGGUUUGAUCUUGCUCUUCUACCUAGUCUUCUAUGAGCACCUGGCUGCACUCCGCACGUUCACAAUGUGGGUCAUGCUUCAGACUUUGAACGGCGAGCUUCCAAAAUAUCGUGACCAGAUUCCUAGUCCAGGACUUAGGGUUUUUCCAAAACCAUUUACUGCAUUGGAAUAUACAAUCAGUUUGUCUGAUUCAGGCUCCUAUAAAGCAUACAUUGAAGACCUUACUAAUUUUCUAAAGCCAUAUGAUUUAGAAGAACGGAGGAAUCUCACAGUCUGUCCUGAUGGAGUACUUUUUGAACAGAAGGGCCCAGAUUAUCAGGCAUGUCAGUUUCCUGUUCACUUACUUGAAGAAUGCAGUGGUAGGAGAGAUCCUGAUUUUGGCUAUUCCAGAGGAAAACCUUGUGUUCUUGUGAAAAUGAACAGAGUAAUUGCAUUAAAGCUUGAAGGAAAACCAAGGAUAAUGUGUGUUCCCAAGGAUGGAAACACUACAGUUUUAUCAAUUUAUCCUUGCAAUGGAAUUGUAGACUUAAAAUAUUUUCCAUAUUAUGGAAAAAAAUUGCAUGUGGGAUAUUUACAGCCAGUAGUUGCUGUCCAGCCAGUCUUUAACAGCACCAAGAAAAGGUGA